AUGGCAAACGCAACCGACUCCGUCGCCGCUGCGGGCACCGUGUUCGACCCUCAACACUGGCCAGCAGCGACAGCCGGCCUCGUCUUCAUCAUCUUCGCCCUUCUCGCGCAGAGCUGGUUCAAGGUCGACCCCGUGGCCCACGUUCCCGUUGUGGGACAGGGCGGAAAAUGGGCGCGCAGGAAAGCGUACCUGUUCAAGGACAGCAUUUUCCGCAUCACAACAUCCAAGAAGAAGGAUACCAUUUGCGUGCCUCCCAAGUAUCUCCCCGAGUUGAAGAAGGUCCCCGACGAUAUCUUACAAUACUCCAGAAAGCUAACUUGCCCAAAGUCUAUGCAAGUCAAAUACACCCAAAUCUCAAACGACAUGCCCAUCAUCAUCCACGCCGUCAGAGCCUCUCUAACCCCAGCUCUACCCCGCCUCAACGAAGGCAUCUCAGACGAAGUCAUCGACUCAAUGCGCCUCGAACUCCCCCAAUCCCCCGCCUGGACCGAGAUCAACAUCAACGCCAAACUCCUCCGCAUCAUCGCAAUGGUCUCGGGCCGCGUCUUCAUCGGCUCCGAGCUCUGCCGCGACGAACGCUACCUCGACGCCUCCAUCUCCUACACCGUAGACCUCAUGACCGCAGUCCACGUCAUCGCCUUCGUCCCCUCCUUCCUCCGCCCCCUCGUCGCCUCCUGGCUGCCCACCACCAAGAAGCUCUACAAGCGCAUCGCCGACGCCGAGGCCGUCUUCCGCCCCAUCGUCACGGCCCGCAAGGAAGCGGCCAAGAGGGACGACUACCGCGAGCCGGACGACAUGCUGCAGUGGCUCCUCAACGCGCAGCCCAAGUUUGGCGCGCUGAGCGAUCGCGAGAUGGCGAUGGCGCAGCUGGGGGUCAGCUUUGCUGCGAUUCACACGACGUCCAUGACGACGCUGAAUGCGAUUUACUGGCUCGCGGCGAAGCCUGAGAUCAAUGAGUUGCUCCGGGACGAUAUUCAGGCGGCGCUCGCUGAGUCUGGUGGGAACUUUACGAGCGGUGCGCUGCAGAACAUGAAGAAGCUGGAUAGUUUCCUGAAGGAGGUGAUGCGCGUCAACCCGAUCUCAGCAGCAUCCUUCACCCGCAAAGUCCUCAAAAACGUAACCCUCCCCAACGGCCAAACCAUCCCCGAAGGAAUGUUCAUCGAGGUCCCCGCAGGCGGCAUGAACAACGACCCGGAAAUCUUCCCGGACCCAGAGGUGUUCGACCCCCUACGCUUCUACAAGCUCCGCGAGGCAAAAGAGCUCGCCACCUCGGGCACCAAGGCGGCAGAGGUCGUCAUGCAGGCCCAGUUCGUCAGCGUCGGCACCACGCACCUGACGUUCGGCUACGGCAAACACGCGUGCCCGGGGCGGUUCUUCGCGGUGAACGAGAUUAAGAUGAUUAUGGCGAAUAUCAUUUGCAAUUACGAGAUCAAGUUGCCCGAGGGCGUGACGGAGAGAUAUGAGAAUUUGGCUUUUGGCGCUUCCACUGUUCCGGAUCCGAAAAAGACAAUCAUGAUCAGGAAGCUGUAA